AUGCGGGACGUACUCCAGACAGAAGAGCUCGACAUCCCUGAGGGCAUUGACGUAUCCGUCAAGUCCCGCCUCAUCACAGUCAAAGGGCCCCGGGGAACAUUAACCAAGAAUGUACGCCAUGUCGACAUGGACAUUCGGCUUAUCAAGGGAAAGACCACAAAGGUCACCCUUGCAGUGUGGCAGGGUGGCAGGAAGCACGUAGCUUGCCUGCGAACAAUCAAAAGUCUCAUUACUAACAUGAUUACUGGUGUUACAAAGGGCUUCCAAUACAAGAUGCGUUCUGUCUACGCUCAUUUCCCUAUCAACUGUAUCAUCCAGGAGUCGGGUCGUGCAUUGGAAAUCCGUAAUUUUUUGGGCGAAAAGACUGUCCGACACGUAAACAUGUUGGAUGGUGUCCUCGUCGCAGAAUCAAAAGCCCAGAAGGAUGAGCUUAUCCUGGAGGGCAAUGACAUCGACAACGUUUCCCAGUCAGCCGCAUCUAUCCAUGGCAUCUGUCGUGUGCGGAACAAGGAUAUUCGGAAGUUCCUGGAUGGUAUCUACGUGUCGGAGAAGGGCGCAAUCAAGACUGAUGAGUAGUUGAUGCCUACACACCUUGUCAACCCUACUGUGACAUUAUGCAAUAUGGACGGGCUACAUGCUGCAUAUAGUAUUUCUUUUUCCUAAGAGUGCGUGGUAUGACCGAAUGAACUUAUAAAAUUCAAAGAACUAUUGUCUAUAAAAAUCUAUGGUAUAAAUGGGAUCUUAGUACCGACAGAGCGUCGGUAUUGGACAUAUUC